AUGGACGCGGCUAGAGUUGAAGGCUUGCUGGCACUGCUUCGAGAUGGACAGACAUCGAGCAUUCGAGAGCACGCAGCCAAACAACUCGGCGUGGUCGUCACACCAGACACUCUACCACCGGUCCUCGACGAGAUCCGCCGUUUGGUCCGCAACUCUGAUUGGGGGACUCGGGUGGCCGCGGCACAAGCAGUUGGAUGUAUCGCUCAGUCGCUCUGCCCCGACCUCGUCGCAUCCUGCGCUCAAUUUGCCCAAGCAGGAGCCUCUUCCGAGUCUUUUCUUCAGCUGUCUCAACUCGACAUGGACCAGCUACUCACCCAUGCCAAGCCCCUGCUUAAAAGCGGUGGCGAAGAAUACAACUACACGACCCACUUUACGUCUUCAGCAGACCAGCAAAAGCACCUGGUCCGCCAACGAUAUCUGCUGUGGAAGCGCAUAGCGCAAGACAUUCAAGCAUCCGUGUCGAUCCCUCGACCUGUGCUGCAUCUGUCUUCGUCGUCCUUCCUCGACGCAGCCGACGUAACGACCGCCUCCGCCCAAGCAUCCCAGCAGCCCACCCCCAGCGUCCCCACCCUUCUGACCCAUCGACCAUCUCAACCAACUCCAUCUCCUCCAUCUACCGCAGUACUUACUGCUUCGACGCUCCUCCUUGCCUCCCUUGUCCAAGACUGCCUAGAAGCUAUGUUUGAUGCCAAGUGGGAAGUUCGCCAUGGUUCCGUCGAGGUGUUACGCCGAGUACUGGUUCAGUCCACGACUCUUCCAAGUACAGAGUUGUUACCUCUGCCAGUGCUGUCGUGGAUCGAAGAAGUACUCGUGCGAUGUGUGUGUGUGCUAGCAUUGGACCAGUACGUCGACUAUGCUGCCGAUGGAUCGGUCGCGCCAAUUCGCCACGUCGUGGCCCAAGUCACUGGCUGGGGCCUGACGAUCUUGGCCAAAACCCCAAAUGUCUCGACGGCGCUGCUGUUGCCGCUGCUGCAGUCGACGCGUUCGUGGCACGCUUGCCAUGGAGCGCUCCUGGCCAUUCAUUUCCUCCAGCCAGCAAUAGACACGGAAGUUCCACUUCUUUUGGCCCAAGUGCAUCAAGCGCUGUUUAGACACGAAGACGAAGUGUAUGGCGCGGCGGCGCAGUGUCUGGUGCAGCUGACGACGCCUAUAACAGCUACAAAUCGAGCGUAUACCCAAGUGCCACCUAUCGUCCUCGAUCGGCUGUGGGCCCUCAUAGGUGCCGACGGAGCCGCCGCCGCCAGCGUUGAGCUCGCCCAUGCUCAUGUGUUGACGGCACUUCGUCACUUGUGUCCAAUGAUGCAGACCACCACCACCUUGUCACACAUUCAAGUGGUCGGGACGUUCCUCAAACAUGUGUUGGUUCCCGUGCGCGAAGCGGCCGUCGCAUGGCUCCACGCUGCGCUGGCUUCGAUUUCUUUUGACACGGCUUCGGGUGUGUGGUGGCUACACGUGCUCUGGUCUCGGUUGGUCGUCGAUCCAUCGUGUCAAACUUCAUUGCAAUCGUUAUGGCAUCGUACGCUAGACGUGUCAGGCUUGGUUUCAUCGGCUAGCUUGAUGGUUGUCGUGAACGCCACGACGCUGACAACGUGGUUGCAAGCUGCCUGGAGUAGUAGUAGCAGGCCAGUGUUGACCUACCAGGACUUACAAGGCAACCCCGUUCAAGUCACUUUGCCGGCAGUGGCCGACUCGGCUCGGGCUAUGGUGGCCACCGAGUGCUUGGCGGCAUUGCACUCCAAAACGUGUGCAGCCGUCUGCGAGACAUGGAGUGCGUGGAGUUGUGGGCUCUUGGCUGGUCAUCGUGGCCAAGACGUCGUCGCCGCGCUGGCAUUUUUGAGCCUGACUGCACCGUGCAAUGAAUGGCCCACGACUCAAGUGAUCGCCGCCAUGACGACCUCGCUAAAGGCGCCUCGAACGACGUUUUACAAGGAACAAAUGGAUGGCUGGGAGCUCUUGCAACGGCAAACCAGUCAAAUGGCCACUUGGUUCCCCAACACCAGCCCUCUUCGUAUUACCCCCCCAGCUUCCCCGUCCACCCAUUCCUCGUGGCAGAUCGCCCAGACAGUUGCGACGUUGCCGUUCGCAGACUUAGCCAGCCCUGAACCCUACACGCAAGCGCAGCACGUGCGCCAAGAUAUUUUCGAAACCGAAGAACGCAUUCGCUUGGCUUUUGAUACGAUGCAAGCCACAGUGGGGGCCUUGAGUGCUGCCACGUAUUUGAAGUGGAAGUUACCUUGGGACAAACCAGCGUUUCUCGUACGUCCGUUGAUGGAAGGGCUCAAACUGUCGACGAAUCCGACGCUGCAACGGCACUUUGCCGUUUCCAUCGUGCAGUUUCUGGUGACAUUUGGGGCGUCCCAUUCAAUUUGCUGCUUGAAAAUGGUCGCCAACAUCUGUGCGAAUCUACAUGCGACAUCUGGGAGCCGAUUUCGAGGGGCGGAAGCGGCCACCAAAGCGCUUGUGCAUGUCCUGACGCCUGCGGCGGUCUGUGACGUGGCAGCGCCACACGCUGCCUUGUGGUCGAAACUGGCUCAAGUGUGGUCGACACCCCACAUUCCGCUGUUGACAAUCGUGCUCACCGAAGCAGAGAUGACCCUGCUACCUCGGAUUCUCACACAAAUGUGGCCGCAUGUAACCAGCCCCUCCACGCCCCCCCCUCAUCUUUGUCAUUCGACGGUGACUUUGCCGGAAGCCGUCGCCGCCGCCGCAGCCAGAAGUCCAGACGUGAUGGCACAUGUGAUUGCCUUGCUAAAGCAAGAGUACUGCCCCCAAGUUCUGGACCACCUUGUGACAUCGUUUCCGUCGGCUUGUGUGCCAGUAGUGUGCGACUUGAUUCCGCUCGCGUUAUCGCAUUUCCAAGGCGGGAGUUUAUCCGGAUUGAUCCCGUUGCUGCCUUUGCAUGGCCAUCUGGACAUUGCGAGUCCAUUUCUACACCAACUUCAAACUGGCCACGUUCCCCCGCUACCAGACUGUAUCGACUGGCCUCCGAAUUUGAUUCUACGCCCAUAUCAAGUACAAGGCAUCACGUGGUUAUACUUUUUAGCCUCCCAUCGCCUCCACGGCAUUCUCGCAGACGACAUGGGGCUCGGCAAAACGCUCCAAGUACUCUGCAGCAUCGCCGUGCACAAGCAACUUGGUCACAAACUCGACACGUCGCCGCCGCCGCCGCCGCCAUACUCUGUGCUUGUAGUGUGUCCCCCCAUUGUGAUGGCGCACUGGGUCCGCGAAGUGCACAUGUAUUUCCGCCAUGCAUUUCCCAAUGUCGUCAUGUAUGGGGGGGUGCCAGCGCACCGCCGGAUAGCGUUGCAACGCCAGAUCAUUGCAUCCAAAUCGACGGAUGGGGGGGUGGUGGUCGUAACCAGCUACGCGACUUUGCACCAAGAUAGGUCGUUCUUUCACAGCCAAUCGUUUACGUUUUGCGUAGCAGAUGAAGUGCACUUGUGCCGCAAUCCUACCAAUGCCACUACCCAAACCCUCUUGGGCGUACGAGCCGCCCAUCGCAUCGCAGUGACCGGCACACCGAUUCAAAACUCGGUCGUGGACAUUUGGAGUGUGUGCGAAUUCAUCAUGCCGGGCUAUUUGGGAGACGCCACGUCAUUCCGACACCAUGCGGUGGGUCCGAUCGCGGCUAGUCGUAAACCCACGGCCACCGUGGCGCAAAAGGAAGCUGGUGCGCUGGCGAUAACUGAUUUGCAUGCAAAGAUCGCCCCGUUUGUGCUUCGGCGCACCAAAGAUGCUGUGCUCUCGGACCUGCCUCCGAAAUCUAUUCAAGACAUUCCUUGCUCCCUCACUCUGAUGCAAACGCAGCUCUAUAUGGCGGCGGACUCGCUGGACACGGCCAUGGCUACGUGGAGGCAGCGGCAGCAGAUUUGCAUGCAUCCCAAGCUAGUCGAUGACCACCUGUAUGCCCAUGAAUCCAGUGGAAAAAUGAUUGCGCUGGUUGAGUUGAUGGGUUUGAUCCACGGUGACAAUGGUGACGACAAUCUCGGCGAGCAUCGAAGCCUUGUGUUUUGCCACACGCCAGCCCACGUCGCGUUGGUUCAAGCCACCCUGGCCACUCAUUUACCUCGUAUCCGGACACUCAAAUUGGACGGGUCAGUGCCGCCUUUGCAACGGUCGGCUAUCGUAGACGAAUUUAAUCAAGAGCUUUCGAUCCACACGCUGGUCUUAACCACGUCGAUUGGGGGGCUAGGGCUCAACUUGGUGACAGCCGACACGGUGGUAUUUGUCGAACACUCUUGGAAUCCGUUUGUGGAUUUGCAAGCUAUGGACAGAGUGCACCGUGUUGGGCAAGUUAAACCUGUGACAGUGUACCGCCUCUUGGCUGAAAACACGAUUGAAGACCAAGUUCUGACGGCGCAGCGGUUCAAAAUCGCCACGGCCGACGCCGUCGUGGGGCCAAACGAAAUGAAACAAAAGUCAAAUGUCCUGUCUGUGCUCCACACUGGCCUCGUGCAGAGCCAACUACUACGACCAAGUAAGAAACCAAAGACAGCCGGGAAUACCGUCGAGAGCUUGCUGGACGAACUGGGUGAGCUGUGGGACGUGGCGCAGUAUGAUUCGCUGGAGCUGUCAUAG